UCCGAUUCCGAAUUUAUCAUCAGGUCUGGAUGGCAACUGUCGAUUGUAAGGUCGUGUCGGCCUCCCUCUCUCCGCCACGUCGCCCAAGUUAUCGCCCUCCCGCCCCCUGGAAAUCCCUUCUCAUUUGUCCCUUCCUCUCUCGUGACAACGUUUUUUUUGGUGUUCGCCAGCCUUAGCAGAAGAACGCCUUCAAUCGCGAAUUCCAGGAGAGAUAUCGAUCAAGAACCUAGCAGUCGGCCCACCAACGUCUUCAUCAUGAAUCCUGAGUAUGACUAUUUAUUCAAACUUUUGCUUAUUGGAGAUUCAGGUGUUGGAAAGUCUUGUUUACUCCUAAGAUUUGCGGAUGACUCCUACCUGGAAAGUUACAUCAGUACAAUCGGAGUUGAUUUUAAAAUACGCACAGUCGAGCAGGAUGGGAAGACCAUUAAACUUCAAAUUUGGGAUACUGCUGGGCAAGAGCGUUUCAGAACAAUUACAAGCAGCUAUUACCGUGGUGCCCAUGGUAUCAUUGUGGUGUAUGAUGUGACAGACCAGGAGAGCUUCAAUAAUGUGAAGACUUGGUUAAAUGAGAUUGACAGAUAUGCGAGUGAUAAUGUGAACAAGCUUCUGGUGGGCAACAAGAGUGAUCUUACUACAAAUAAAGUUGUAUCUUACGAGACAGCCAAGGCAUUUGCUGAUGAGAUCGGUAUCCCUUUCAUGGAGACUAGUGCGAAAAAUGCUACCCACGUGGAGCAGGCCUUCAUGGCUAUGACUGCUGCCAUCAAGAACAGGAUGGCGAGUCAACCAACCGGCAACAGUGCGAGGCCACCGACAGUACAAAUCCGUGGACAACCUGUAACUCAGAAGAGCACCUGCUGCUCAUCCUGAGCAUUUGUUGAUUACAUGUAAAAGCUACCAUCUCCUGUUAUUAUGAUUUGAUCUCAACCUGUGUCAUGUUCUUUAGUUUGUUUUUAGUAGAAAUUAAAUAUUCUGUCAUAAUUAAUCAAUGUCGUUUCUUGAAAAUGUCUUCCUCGACAAACCCACAGCAUAAGAAUCAUUCUCAUAGGAUUGUUGAUCCUGUAAAAUCUGAUCCAUUUUCUCAACAAGCUAAGGGUGCAAAAUAGGUUAAAUGUAUUUUUCUGACAAAUGUGUUUUUUUAUUUACCACUAUUAUUUCGAUUCCGGAUAAGCUUUGAUUGU